CCACUCGCUCAGCCACUCAGUCCGUGUCAGUUUGUCCCCCAGUGCACGUUUGUCCAGUUCAUUGUGUGGAAGUGAUCGAGCCGCUUGAAUCGCCCAGCUUUGCAAGCAGAAUUGUCGUUAAAGUGUUUAAAGCUCGCCGCAUGUGAAAGUUCACCGGUGUUGUUUAGGGGGUUUCGUGCAAAAGGAUUGAUUUUUUUUUAAAGAAGACAAGUUAUCGAUACUUAUUGAUCGUUUUUAAUUGCUCUAUGUUUUCGAAAAUUAUAAUUUAUGUGCGUUGAAGUGCAUUUUUCAAUGCCAGUCAAUCGGUGUGUCAUCAACGUAAAUGCGUUUUUGAAGUGGUUGCGCUAAUUUUUUCAAGUAUCUGUAAUUAUCGACUAAAAGUGCUUUAUUUCCACUUACCUCCGAGCUUAAGUUUUACUUAAGUGCCAUAUCUGCGUUAUUAGCUGUAAUUCACAUCCACUGCUGUAAUCAGAUUUCCAUUGAAGAUGCGCAUCAACUUAAUGAGCAGCCUACAACCCCCACUGGUUGAUAAAUCAAACUUGUCGGGCUCGGAUUAUUCCACAGUUACAACACCUUUGCAGAGAUCAUCACCACCGCCGCGCAUGCAGCGGCAGGUCACCAUAGAAGCGGAACCGGAUUCGCUGAACAGCGUUAUCAGUAAUCCCGAAUCGUUCCCGAUUACAAUCGUACCAAAUCGGCCAGGGAGUUUCUAUGGGUACGCGAAAACUGGCGGUGGUGUUUUUAGUCGACAAACGAGUACCAGAUCGCGUAAUUUCCGCCCGGGCAGCAUGCGUAAAGUGCGCCGACGUGCCGUCUUCAAGAAUGGUGAUUGCAAUGUUAUGCAAAAGAAUCUGAUGCGUCGACGUUUGCGUUUCAUGCAAGAUCUCUACACCACACUUGUGGACUCACAAUGGCGCUGGACGCUGCUGGUAUUCGCACUUUCCUUCAUACUAUCGUGGCUGUUCUUUGCAUUGCUCUGGUGGCUCAUUAUGUACACACACGGCGAUUUGGAGGAGUUGCAUUUGCCAGAACAUCAAGAGGAAUCCGGUUGGACGCCUUGCGUUUCCGCCAUACACGGCUUCACCUCGUGCUUCCUCUUCUCAAUUGAAACACAGCACACCAUCGGCUAUGGUGUACGCACAACUUCCGAAGAAUGUCCCGAGGCUAUAUUCAUGAUGUGCUUCCAAUCGAUAUUUGGCGUUAUGUCCUCGGCUUUUAUGGGCGGCAUCGUCUUCGCCAAGAUGACACGCGCUAAGCAACGCGCCCAAACACUGCUCUUCUCCAAAUACGCCGUUAUUUGUCAACGUGAUGGUGGUCUCUCGCUGAUGUUCCGUGUGGGUGAUAUGCGCAAGUCACACAUCAUUGGAGCCGGCGUGCGCGCUCAGCUGAUACGCACGCGCACCACUAAAGAGGGUGAGGUGAUGUCACAGCAUUUCACCGAACUGGAGAUCGGCACCGAUGAAUGUGGCUCGGAUUUGUUCUUCAUAUGGCCGAUGAUUAUCGAACAUAAAAUUGAUGAGAAUUCACCGUUUUAUAAUAUGUCUGCUACCGAUAUACUGCAGGAUAAAUUCGAAUUGGUCGUAAUUUUGGAGGGCACUGUCGAGUCGACGGGUCAAUCGACGCAAGCGCGUUCGAGUUAUGUAAAUACGGAGAUAUUGUGGGGUCAUCGCUUUGAUCCCAUGGUUUUGUACAAUAAAGAACGUCAGGCAUACGAGAUCGAUUAUGCGCGAUUCAAUGAGACCACACAGGUGGAUACACCGUUGUGCAGUGCACGAGAGUUGAAUGAGAUUUAUAAGAUUCAAGAGGGCUUCAGAACGCCAGUGCAACGUAAUCCGCUGCUCCGUUGUGCUUCGUAUGAGCCGCAGUCGUAUCGUUUGAACCCCUUAACAAUCGAUCCUGCGCUCUCCAAACAUUUAUCCUUCACAUUGCCAAGAAGAAGAGUGAAGCCCACAACAAAUAUAUAUAGCAAACCCGACGUUGCGCCGUCUUCAUUGCCCGCCUCACCAGUGAGCGAUCGCAGUUCUGGUUUCUCCUCCAUCGGUUCGGCUGAGGAGCAUACCGUUCGUUACUUGGUGUUGAAUGAAGGUGUGGAGAGUUUAAAGAAAAGCUCGGGGUAAUAACUAACAACAAAUUAUAUUUUUUUGAACUGCAGACAAUUUUAUAAAAUUACUAAUAAAAUUAUAUAUUUUUAUCAAUGCGAAAAAUUAA